AUGGCAGUACUGAACGAUAUACAACAUUUGCUAUUUGAAAUCGGUGGGAUUGAUGAGGACUACGUCGCAAAGCACGUGAUUGGUAUCGACGAUUUACCGAAGAGUGUCGAAAAGUACAAUCCCAAAUAUGUGGAAGAAAUCACCGGCAUUCCAGAAGAAAGCUUAGCAAAGCAGCCUAGAUCAUUGCAACGAGAGGCUGGGUGCGGUGGAGAGUAUACAGGACUCAAGAGUUUUGAGAUCCCUAACCAUAUGCAAGAGCUCGCGGAAAUCUGGAAUGUUGAGUAUCACAAGAUCCCGCAUUGGAAUCAGCCUACUCAUGUAGAGUCGAUACUAAACUUCAUCGAGGGCGGAAUUAUUGAAAUCUUUUGGAUCAGUGGCACCAAGCCUUUGGUCAGCCUACCGGAUCUACCUCGAGCUUGGAAGAUCCUCACAAAGGGGAAGGUCUUCAUUGUCUGCCAGGAUAUCUUCAUGACAGAAUCUACCGCGAUAGCAGAUGUGGUUUGA